AUGAAGACUCGUCUGACGACGCUUACAUGGCGUGGAUCCGCGUCGGUCGAUCCGCGGUUUUCGGCCGCCAUGCUGCCGUGGUCCAUCGCCGACAUCAGAAACCACGAAAGUUACAUAACGCUAUCGGUUGGCGUAGAGGACGGUGUACUGGCCGCAUACAACACGGACUUUGAGCUGCAAUUCGAACACAAGCUUAAAUACAUCCUCGGGUACUGCAGGGUGAUCGUGAAGCAGGAAAAAGGCAAAAAGAACGCUGAUUUUCUCAUCCCGAAAGCGACCAGCACUCGGCCGCAACCGAUCACGAUCGGUAAUGAUAGUGUUGCGGAAAUCUUCGGGCCCGAGUUUGGACUGGUGUAUCUGCUGAAAAACCCACAGGAUCCGCUGCUGCACAUACACUUCUACGAAUGUGAAAAGCACGAACAGAUGGCUGAACUGAUCCAGCAAAUGCGUGAUCCUGCCACGAUCGGAGGUGGUUCGGUUGGCAGCAUACCGCAGAGUAUCGUCUCGUCCAGUGCGAAUCAGAACGAUCUGCAGAAAGCCCUACGCAACCAGGGCAUCCAUUCGACGCCGGCCUCCAACUUGAAGCUGUCGGAACAGAUGCGGCACGCGCAGCACGAUAGCAGCCCCACGUUGGCGUAUCAACAGCAGCAACAACACCAUCAGAUUCAUCAGCAACAGUACCAGAAUGGUGGUCCUGUGGGUGUUGGUGCGGGAUCGAAUCGAUUGGCCACGUCCAAGAGCUACUCGGGUGGGUUAAAUCAUUCGGCCAGUGGAGGAAACAUCCCAGCAGGAGGUGCCGGUAGUAGCAGCAUCUCGUCUAGCCUGUCCUCGCUGCCGGACAUCUCCGCCAACAACUCGCAGUUUUUCGAGGUGCUGUACGUCGGCAAGAUCAAGGUGUCGCACAAACGCGUCCCGUACACCUUCAUCGAUGACGCGUUGCCCAAGUUCAAGGCGUACGAUGCGGAAAAGCUGCGCCAGCAGCAGGAAGCUACGAAGAAGCAAAGCACACCGGUAGGAGGAGAACCAGCAACCGAUACAGAAGGCGAGGACAGGAGCAAUGAGGUAACGCCACCGACAACUGACGACCCGCCCGAAGUCUUCCAGGGACGCCGAAUGAGCCAGUUCGAUCUUCCGACGCGGAAAAUCGAGGAUGGUUCCGUGCGGGAAAGCACUGCGUCGGGCAACGAAGAAGGCUCGCUUCAAGCUGAGGAAAACUUCACCAAAGAGCAGCAGCAACAGCAACAACAACAGCAACAGCAGGAACAAAAUCAACCACAGCCGCCAUUGCUAUCAAUCGCAGCAGUAUCAACCAAAGAGAGCAAGUCGUCGUCACCCCAAGACGAGGACGCUCCAGUGCGACGUGAUCGUUCGGCAUCGAUCGGAUCAAUACCGGUGGUCGAGCAGAACCGAACGAUGGUGUUUCUGAUCGGACAGACAGAUCUGCGACUGAUCAGUCCCGAUCGUAAGCAAGUGCUACUGCACAAAGGCUUCCGAGAUGUGGCCAGUUGCGCCCAGGGUCAAAAGAAUGCGGACCAUUUCGGUAUCAUUUGCCGGGACGUGAACAAUGAUGGCUACAUCGGGUACGUGUUUAAGUGCCAGUCGGAACAGGUAGCGGAUGACAUUGUGGUGGCAAUAUCGCAAGCUUUUAUCGCUUGCUCAGAGCAGAAACAGAAGGACAAGGCGGCUGCGCAGAUAUUCUCCUGCGAUCACUGUCCGAUGCUGUGGUAUCACAAGCUGUGCACCGACACCGAAGGCCUAAGCGACAAGAAAACGCAGUACAUGAUCUUCAAGCGGAUCGACACGACGCUCACGGACGACGAGCAGCGGCUGCUGAUGGAGAAGUACCACGGAGCGGAAGAAGCCGCCGGACACAGCAUCGGUGAGCAGAACCAGUUCCUGAUGAUGUUGCUGAGGGCACACUGCGAGUCAAAGCAGCAGCGCCACGUGCACGAUACGGUCGAGAACAGGACGGAGUUCCUAAACCAGUACCUCGGCGGGAGUGGCAUCUUCAUGAAGGCGAAACGAUCACUGACCAGCUCGUUCGAUCACCUGCUGAAGCGACGUACCAGUCGGGACGAUUUCUUGGCCGGCGGUGGGCUCAAGGAUUCGGCCUCGGUUGGUGAACUGAAAGACGGCAAUUUGGAGCCGGUAACGCGUGCAAGAGCAUCCACCAUCGGGUCGAGUCCCUCCAUGAGCCGCAAAAGCUCAGAUCUUGGCAGUGGAACGACUCCCCAACUGAAGUCUCCCAUGAUGGAUAUCUUCAUCAAGGUGGGCAACAGUCCACGGGAUCAAAGUCAUGCGGGCUCCUGGCGCCAGGCGAUGCUACACCGUGUCGUAACACCGUCGAAGAACAUGAAAUCCGGUUCGGAAGAGUACAUGUCACCGCUACGCUCGAACGGUCCACCGGCCAAGAAGCGUACCCGGGAAGAGCUACGUGAGCUUUGGCGUGUCGGCAUUAAGCAGACGAUCAUACUCAACCGCAUGGACAAGGAGAAUGCUCAUUUGCAGGCGCGUCAGAAUGAGAUCAAAUCAAACGAGAUCCGGCGUGUCAAGCUGGAGUACGAUGAGAUAACAGUGUGCGAUAAGCGAUCAGCAGAACAGUGGGAUACCCUUUUGGACAAGAGUGGUGGACCCACAACACGAGCAAACCAGGCACUUUUGUAUCAGGCAAUAAAGAACGGGGUACCCCGGUCCAGACGGGGUGAAAUUUGGAUGUAUCUGGCCGAGCAGCACGCUCAACACCAUCCCGCACCGAUCGAUACGACAAACUUUCCAAACUUUAACACCCCGUACCAUGUGCUGCUGAAGAAUUUGACCGAGCACCAGCACGCCAUCUUCAUCGAUUUAGGACGGACAUUCCCGGAUCACAAGUACUAUAAGGAUGCGCUAGGAGUGGGACAGUUGUCGCUGUUCAACCUACUAAAGGCGUACUCCAUCCUCGACCCGGAACUAGGCUACUGCCAAGGGUUGGGAUUUAUUUGUGCCGUCUUGUUGUUACAUCUCGAAGAAAGCGAUGCAUUCGAGCUGCUGAAGCACCUUAUGUUCCGGCGGCAAAUGCGUGCCAAAUAUCUGCCGGAUAUGAAGCAGUUCCAGCUGCAGCUGUACCAGCUCUCCCGCCUGCUAAAAGACCACAUCCCGGAGCUGUACGACUGGUUCGAUCAGCAUGAAAUCUCGCCAACACUGUACGCUGCCCCCUGGAUACUGACCGUGUUCAGUUCGCACUUCCCGCUGGGAUUCGUCGUGCGCGUGUUCGAUCUGCUGUUCCUCGAAUCAUUCGACGUCAUAUUCCGAUGCGCAAUCGCCCUGCUGGAGGCGCACAAGGAACCGCUUCUGCAGCGCGAUAACUUCGAGGACAUCAUGAACUACCUGAAGAACGUAAUCCCCAAAAACGAUGCCGACGUUAUGGAGAAGGUUUUUCGGAAUGUGUGCCGGUCCGAUUUCUCGCGUCAGCUGAUCGAAUACCAGGUCGAAUAUAAUGUGCUGAAAGAGGAAAUGACCUCACAGAACCAUCACCGAGAAAGCUACAAUCGGCUGAAGGUGAAACACCAGCAGCUCGAUACGCAGCUCCAGUUCGCCCAGUCCAGCCUAAUGCAGCUGGAGAAGACGCGCCUCGUGCAGCAGGAUCAGAUCCAGUCGCUUCAGACGCAAGUGCAGACGCUCGAGAACACCGUCCACACGUUGGUGCGGUUCAUCGAACAAACCGUCGACACCCGGUCGGACUACGUUCUGCCAAACGACGUCUGUCGCAUCCUGCAGCAGGUGCAAGAAAUCCAGCAACAGCAACAGCAGCACCAGUUGGCGGCUGCCCAACAUCAGAAAAAACGCUCGCCAAUAUUCGUAGACCGCAAGAUUGGCAAGUCGAUCUCGUUCAACAGCAACCUCGGGCUAGCCUUGAACGUGCUGGAAGAGGCGAACGAAUCGGACGGCGCCGGCACGCCGACGAAGAAGAAGCAAUCCUACUUCCAGAACUCAUUCACGCAGAUCCGCCAGCAGCGUGCCAGCCUUUGGCUGCAUAAACUGGACGAGUGUAACAGCACCAGUCCGGAGCACGCGGGCUCCAUCGCUACAGGUGCAGGAGUUGGACUGCCGUCAUCAGGUUCGAGGGCACUAGGAGGUAACAGCGAUGACAGUGGCAUAGCCACCCCGAUCAGUCCGCAACUACACGCACCUUCUACGACACCGAUGGUCGCCGAAUACCGGCCCCUUGUGCCCUUUGAUAACCACCCGCUCAGCAGCUGUGGAGAUGUGGCGGUGCAGUACAACGGCACAACGCAGCUAAAGUCGCUGAAACCACGAACCCAAUCGCGCCACGGAUCAGUCUCCUCGAUCGUGGGUGAUGGGAGUACUGAGCUGCGUCCACAGGCAGCCACAGAUCGUAGUUAACGGACUUACACGGCGAGUGAAUCAGAGUGACCGGACAUCACAUUCGGUUAGAUUAGGCUAAGCAGGCACGGCUAGCUUUACGCGAGGCCACCAGUAGACGGAAGAAGCAAAGACGCGUGGCAGAUGUGUUCAACAUCUACGUUCUUCCAGCUUCGGGCUUAUCUGGGUCACCGUUCAGAUCAGUCGAUACCCUUGAGCCAUCCAAGAUGCGCACCAGGGACGACUUUUCUGCGUGUGGCCGUGAUCACGUGUGGUUCAUUACUACCCUGGAUUUGGGAGCCAAUGGCAGUCUUAGAAUCAACAUUUAUUCCUUCUUACUGUAUUACAUCACAAACACGUGACGUGGAUCUAUCUAUCUCAGUGUAAAUGUUCGCUCUUUUAAAUUAAAAAACAAAUCCUUGCCAGAGCUCACGGCGACUUUAUCCUAUGUAUGGCCAUCAAUUUUGUCUCGAGUACCGGUCCAGAUUUCAGAUCGGUUUGAAGAGUGAAUUUGUGGGGAAACGAGGAUUUAAACGUCGGUUAUAAGGGAAUUAUUUUACCCCCGUUUUAGAGCGGUAAAAGUACUGCGCUACCAAACGUAUAGCACGAUAGAGUCAGAACAAUGAACUACUGCUAGGGAUAGAAAUGGUAAAAAUUCGAUCUGAAUUUCAUCGGUAUCUUCUGAAGGAACGUGAAGGAUAGAGAAUUAUAUUAUUACAAAUAUUGAUCGCUUUUGCAACACAGCAGCAUAGACACCCGUGUGUAUGUGGAAAGGAACGGACAGCUACAAAACUCAGAAACCAAACCCAACGCCAGUAAAUGCUUCGUACAAUUUGUGAGUGUGAACGAUAGUAUAGUGAGUAUAGGAACUAGACAACCCUACCCGAGCAGAUGUUGGCUACCGUUGUUAUUAUAUUUUUUUUAACUUUUUGCUAGAGCAGGGAUCUCCAAAUUUUGUGUAUCUACAACUGCAUUCAUGAAAAUUUCAUACUUCAGACCACUCGCGUGCAAUGUCAUCAUUAUUUCGAAAGUUCCCUUCAAAGUGCGCUUUCGCUCCAUAAUUUUCACAAUGGUUAGAGGAUAAUCGAAAUUACUUUGUACAAAGGAUCCACUAGACACUAUGAGCUAUGAAUAUUAUAAUUUUAACUUGAACUAUGAACACUUUGCGAACCGUAGAUUGGAGAUCCUAUUGCUAGAGCAUGGAAGGGCAACAUUUUAGGGCGGUUGGAACAAUCGUGCUGGGGAAUGUACUUAUGGGACGUAGACGGAAGAUGAUUUUUAUUUUUUAUGCGCCGCAGUGAAUUAGAAUUAAUGCGAUUUAGAACCGGUCGAAAGCAGAACAACAACAGCAAUUAGUUUGUUGUGUAUAUUUUGGUAAUGUUUUAAAAUUAGCUCCCUAUAGCAUUGUCCCACAGGAUCCCGGUGUGGAAAAGCACCGCUAGCAACCAAACAAACCCUUUACGAUGUGGUAACCCCUGUAGGACUAAUCGGAUACACCAAGGACCCCACGGGGAACAAAGUAAUUUUCCAUUUUUCCUAUAUUGCUGCGGUUAGCAAGCGCAUGGGUCUCGAAGCAGUUAGUUUUGAAACUAUAACCAACAGAUGGUUGACAAUGGGUGAACCGGCAUUGUUGGCAAAGGAGGUGUUCGAUCGGAUUUGUACGCAGGAGCGCUUAAGCAUGUGCUUACACCAUUGUAGCUUCCAACUGUUUGUAAACGUGCGUCUAUGCAAUAUUUAAACAAUACGAAAUAGUGCAGCUGCCACCACAACGUCACACAUUCACUCAUCUUCACUUCAUUUAACAAUUUUCGUCGGCCUUAUUCCCUUGUUUCGAAUGAUGAACUGUUCGACUAUUGUUGUACAUCCUCCCUUCAGAUUUCACGUUUUCAAUUAUUGGUUUGAGCUUUAGAGUGGCCUUCGUGAAUUUACUGUUUUUAUCGGUUUUCUCCUUCGCACAGAUCGUAAAACGUGGUUCGCGGUACUUCACAUGCGGUUUUCUAUUUAUUGUAAAUAUUAAAAUCUUUAUCAUAAUCCUAGUUGAGUUGUUGAGUUUCGUUUUAUUUAGUUAUAGCAUUAGUUACUCGCUAAUUGCAUCGCAAACGCUUCAUGAUGUCUUGUCCGGAUGAAAAUCAGAAUAGCUAAUCUAUAUCCAUGCUUCGGUUAUACAAGAGCAAGAAAAAAUAUAUAUAUAUACAUAUACAUAACACCAUCUCACGGCAGCAAAUAUAUAGACGUGUAAGGGUAUGGAAACGCGAAAGGAAAUAAAACUCCGAUAUAUAG